UAUUUCAAACACGUAAAACAUGUUGUAUUCAAACACGUAAAACGUGUUGUUGUAUUCAAACACGUAAAACGUGUUGUUAUAUUUCAAACACGUAAACGUGUUGUAGUAUUUCAAACAUGUAAACGUGCUGUUGUAUUUCAAACACGUAAACGUGUUGUU